GUAUGGGAGGAAUAGGAGGAGGUGGAAUGGGAGGGGGCAUGGGAGGAAUAGGAGGUGGUGGAAUGGGAGGAAUGGGUGGAGGAGGAAUAGGAGGGAUGGGAGUCGGAAUGGGCGGAGGUGGGAUAGGAGCAAGAGCUGGCGAGCCCUACCGCCUAGCCACUCACGAUACACCGACUUCCCCCCGACAUAUGCAGUCCAGCCAAGGGCACAGCAUGGGGCAUGGCCCAGGGUCUGGCCACGGGAUGGGUCAAAGUCAAGGGUCUGGCCACGGGAUGGGUCAAAGUCAAGGGUCUGGCCACGGGAUGGGUCAAAGUCAAGGGUCUGGCCAUGGGAUGGGUCAAAGUCAAGGGUCUGGCCACGGGAUGGGUCACGGUCCAGCUGGGUCAGGAAUGGGAGGCCACGGAGGUCAGCCAAGUCCUGGUCAGCAUGCAUCCCGGCGCAACCUCCAAGUUGACUUCAGCGGUUCGGGUUCCAGAACAGGCCGGUCUCCGUCCGUGUCUCCUGACCGUGGCGUGACGCCCACCUCACCCUACAUGGUGCCACAGAUCGCACCAAUGCCGAGCAGCAAAGUGUGCCCAGUGUGCACCACCACAGAGCUUUCCAACCCACCGGCUGUACCCAACUACAACACCUGCACCCAGUGUAAGGCCACUGUCUGUAACCAGUGUGGAUUCAACCCCAACCCGCACCUCACUGAGGUCCAGGAGUGGCUGUGUCUCAAUUGUCAGAUGCAGAGAGCUCUUGGCAUUGAUAUGACCACGCCUCGCUCUAAGAGCCAACAGCAGAUUCACUCUCCAUCCCACCAAGCCAAACCCUUCGUCCAGCCUCAGCAGCCUGCACCUCAGCCAACACAGCCGGCAGCAGCAGCACAGCCCAAACCUUUGGCACAGAGUCAGCCCUCCCAGCGGCAACAGCAGCAGCAGCAUCAGCAGCAGCAGCAGCAGCCCCAGUCUCAGACUCAACCCUACGGCCAGACUCAACCCUACUCCCAGUCUCAGCCAUACUCCCAACCCCAGCAACAGUAUCCCCAGUCUCAUCCUGAGUCCUACCCUACGUCCAAGCCGGGGCCUCAGACCCAGCCUCAUACCUCUCCAGGCUUGCAGAGACACCAAAGCCCUGGCGGCCCCCAGUCUCAGACAGGGUCCUUUCAGCAGGGCAUGAGGUCCGACCCAUACUCCCAGAGAGGUCCUGGAGCUCCAGGAGCAGUUGGAGCUCAAGGAGCAGUUGGAGCUCCCACAGGAGGCCCAAACCAGCCUGGAGGUCCACGGAUUCCCCACCCUGGUGCUGUGCCCCUCCCUGGUUUGACCAAGGCUCCGUCCCAGCCCGAUUUGGGUCGCGGUUCACCGAUGCAUCAGUCUAUGGCGCGGCACCAUGACCAGACCAGAAGUGCUGGCUCCUCCCCAGCCCACAAACCUCAGAGUCAUGCGCCUCCUCCUGCCCAGGAUGGCCUGACCAAACUGUUUGGCUUCGGGGCGUCGCUGCUCAAUCAGGCGAGUACCCUGAUCAAUGUCGACCCUCUACCCACCGCCUCCACCCAACCGAGCCCUGCACGAGGCAAGGUGGUGUUCAGCAAUGCAGCGUCCGACAACAGACAGCAACAACAAGGGGCCCCUGGCACCAAGCCCUUCAGUAUGGGGGGGCCUCAUGCACCAACUCAAAUGGGUGGUCCACAUGCACCAAGCCAGAUGGGGAGUCAUCAUGGGCCAGGCCAAAUGGGGGUGCCUCAUGGGCCAAGCCAAAUGGGGGGUCCUCAAGUGCAGAGCCAAAUGGGGGGUCCUCAUGGGCCAGGCCAAAUGGGGGGGUCUCAUGGGCAUAGUCAAAUGGGGGGUCCUCAUGUGCAAAGCCAAAUGGGAGGUCCUUACCCACCGAGCCAAAUGGGGGGUCCUCAUGCGCAGAGCCAAAUGGGAGGCCCUUAUCCACCAACUCAAAUGGGAGGUCCCCAAAUGGGUGGGCCGCAUGCACCAGCCCAGAAGCAGCAGACCAUGCCCCAUCAACAAGGAAUGCCACAACAGCAGUCGCCCGCACAUCAUCAAAAAGGGCAGCAAGGACAACAACAUCAGCAAACACCUGCACAUAAAGUGCAGCAGAAGCAGGAGCCCGUUGCGGCCCCCGUGCCUGCUCCAGAGCCUGUGAAGCCUAAAGUGAACUGUCCUCUUUGUAAAACAGAACUGAACAUCGGCAGCUCCGACCCACCCAACUACAACACCUGUACGCAGUGUCACAGCCAAGUGUGUAACCUGUGUGGCUUUAACCCCACGCCACAUCUGGUGGAGAAAAAGGAGUGGUUAUGUCUCAACUGCCAGACCCAGCGGCUGUUGUCUGGAGGCGGUCUCGACGAACCGCCACUUCCGGUUCCUCAUCCGUCUCCUAAGCACCAGCCAAUGGGCUCGCCCCGUCACCAGGCACCAACCAGUCAGCAAAGCCCGCUCCAUAAACCCGCCAAUCAGCAGGGGCAAAAGCCAGCCCAAACACAGAAAGCGCAGCCGGGGACUGGUGGCAGUGGACCGUUUGCGCCCACUGCUGCCAAACAGCCAACAGACACCAAGACCACGACACCAGCCACUGCUCCGGUAUCAACCACGGACACCCAGAAACCUCCAAAACCCACUGAGGAGAAGUCCAAAACUGAGCCUGAGAACCAAACUGCCAAAGACACCAAACCCUCCCAGAAGAAAGGAGAGCAGAUCACACCCAUUAAGGAAAUCAAGAAGUCCAGGCAUUAUGAUGAUACAAAGAACAACAGCACCCAUGACUUGUCGCGCAGCCCUCAGAGCCUCAGUGACACGGGCUACUCCUCUGACGGCAUCUCCAGCUCCCACAGUGAAAUCACGGGUCUAAUUCAAGAAGAGGAGAUGAAGCUGAGUGAGAGGGGAAUAAUUGGUCGGGGCUCCCCACCAAGCCCCUCUGAAAUCACCAAGCUAGAAAGCUCCAUGAGGCCUUUGCUGGAGAAGAGCCUGUCUGAAGAGAAGGGGGACAGAAGGGGGAGGAAGCACAGAGACAGAGACUUGGACGACAGAGGAAAGCAGCGCCCACGCUCCCUGUCGAUCCCACCAGAUGCAUACGACUCUGACGAGGAAUUAGAAGAUAUACUGGAGGAAGAAGAAGACAGAGGAGACUGGGAGGGUAAACGGAAGGAAGGGAAGGAGGAGAAGAAGGAGAAGAAAAAGAAGGAAAAGGAGGCUGAGCCAACAGAGAUGACAGAUGAGGAGUUCAUGAGGAGACAAAUAAUGGAGAUGAGCGCAGAUGAAGAAAAUGAAGAGGAGGAGGAAGAGAUGGAGGAAGAGGAUGAGGAAGAUGAGGGAUAUGGCUACCAGAAACCCAAGAAAAGCCACCAUAAACACACUAUCUCGGACUCAGGGAAAGAGAAAAGACGUCUUCAGCACCACUCCAGUAGUUUCGAGGAGGAAUCUAAGAGUUCUACUGAUGUUUAUAAAGGCUCAUUGGAGGAGGGUGAGGAAGAUGUGAUGGCGUCACAAGGAGGCUUGAGGCGCUUCAAAACCAUUGAACUCAAUAACACCAACAGCUACAGCCGAGACAUGGAGCUGGGAAGUGAAAAUGACUUAAGCCUUGAUCGGGAACCAGAGCUAGAGAUGGAGAGCCUGACGGGAUCUCCCGAGGAGCGGUCUCGGGGUGACUACUCCUCCACUCUGCCAGCCACUUCCUCCUCGUAUGGCUCAGGCCAGUCUCCUACUUCCAUCUCAUCAAUGGAGGAGGACAGUGACAGUAGCCCCAGCAGGAGGCAAAGGCUGGAAGAGGCAAAGCAGCAGAGGAAAGCGCGCCACCGCUCCCACGGCCCUCUGCUUCCGACCAUUGAAGACUCUUCAGAAGAGGACGAGUUGCGAGAGGAAGAGGAACUUCUGAGAGAACAGGAGAAGAUGAGGGAAGUGGAACAACAGAGAAUAAGGAGCACAGCACGAAAGACCAAGAGGGAUAAGGAGGAGCUGAGGGCUCAGAGACGCAGAGAGAGGUCUAAGACACCACCAAGCAAUCUCUCACCCAUUGAAGAUGCUUCUCCGACAGAAGAGUUGAGACAGGCUGCAGAAAUGGAAGAGCUCCAUCGUUCCUCUGCUUCUGAAUAUUCCCCUCAGAGUCUGGACUCCGAGGCUGAGGGAUAUGAGUCCAAACUUUACAAGUCAGGCAGCGAAUACAACCUGCCUACCUUUAUGUCUCUAUACUCGCCGGUAGAGAAAUCAUCAACAGCAACAACCACCACAGCCCCAUCUUCAACCUCUAAACCGCUAAAGAGUGCAGAGGAGGUUUAUGAGGAGAUGAUGAGGAAGGCUGAGAUGCUACAGAAACAACAACAGCAACAGCAGCAACAUGGAAGACAUGGGCAGUAUUAUGAGGAGGACAUUAAUGGACAAGGUUAUGAUGAAGAGUAUGAAUAUGAACAAGAGCAAGCAGGAUAUGACAAUGAAGCAGCAGAGACGGAAACAGAUAUUUAUGAGGAGAUCCGACAAACAUCUCAGAACAUCACUAAGAUGCAGAUGGCUACUGACGAGCAAGUAGAGAUUGAGAUUGAGACCUCCUACGCAGACAAACAGCUUUUAGACACAGGCUCAGCCUUUGCUAAGCUACUGGAACAAAGCAAUGCUCUACUAACGCCAGGGACCAGCCCCACCCAGAUCUCAGCUCCUGUCUCCUUUGCUGAAACUGGAGGACGUAUUCCUGAUGUCCGAGUAACACAGCAUUUCACUGCAAAGGAUGGACACAAAGACAGGAUCAAAAGCCAGGCAGGAAAGAAUGGAAUAACUCCAGCUGUGGCUGCCACCACUAUUGCAGCUUAUGGAGUUUACGCAAGAGAUGCAGUAACGAUUUCUCCGACUAGUUCAAGCCACACUAUGACAACUACUCAGUCUGGUAUAUAUGGUCGGCCCACAACAAGUCCUGCGACAUCUUCAGCUACAGUCUCUAGUGUAUGCAGCAAGAUUGCAGAGAUUACCCAGGCCUACAGUCAGAGGGAAGUAAUCACCAGAAGGGUAGGAGACACCAGGGAUGUCCAAAUGAGAGACAGCUCAACAUCUUCCACUGAGAGAGUUAUUGAGCCACGUUCUUCCAAAUACACUACUUAUUACAGGAGCACCAGUCCUCCUCUUUCUCCAUCACCACCACCACAGAGUCCCACCCGCUCACCUUCCAGAAGAAAUACUGCUGAAUUCUCCACACAGACAUUCAGUUCAGCAAUACGAAUGUCAGAGUCAGCUGGCUCCGGGCCUACAUCUCCAGUAAUGGCUCAGGGAACCCAAACAUCACAUCGAUCAGUUUCCCCGCGGCUUUAUCGUCAGCAGUCUUCCCAGGAUGCCCCAUAUUCCCCACCUCCAAGCCCAGCUAGGCCGACGACAGUGAACACUGCUACUUCUCCACUGUCUUCGCCUACCCGAUUUAGUCGCCAAUCAACAUUUGAAAAUUACUCUCCAUGUGGCAGCCCUCCAGACACGCCACCUUACCAACAGUCCCCUACACGUAGCUUCUACCGAACACAGAGAGUGGAGAAAGUAAAUGUGGGAACAAGUAUGGUCACCACAGCCAGCAUUUACACCAGAGGGUCCAUGUCAAUGGACAACAUCUCCCUCUGUCGAAUAUCGACAGUCCCAGGCACUUCUAGGGUAGAGCAGGGCCAUAUGAUCCAAGGUGGAAGUGUUGUGGACCUCAGAACAGUCACCAAACCAGCUCCUAUUAUCAUCACUGACCAGGGAAUGGAUCUCACCUCCUUGGCCACUGAGAGCAGGAAAUACCAUGGUGGACCAGAGGGUAGCAGACAUUCAACAAUUGUACAGCCACUGAUUAUGAAUCUGAACACCCAGGAGAUCACCACACCAACCACUGUUAGUGUUACUGUGGCUGCUUCCAUGUUCAUGACUCAGCCCAGACAGCCAACAAUCUAUGGUGAUCCCCACCAAAACAGAGUGGAUCUGGGUCAGGGCAUGGGUUCGGCUGUGUGUCUUUCCCAGAACAAACCAAAUUCACCCCCAAGUGACCCAUCAAUACCAAAAAUUGAUGCCAAACUUGAAGACCUCAGUGUCCAACAGAGAGAGCUACAAAUACAGCAGGAGAAGCUGCAGAAGCAACAACAACUCCUUGAACAGCAAUUGCAACAGCACCAUCAGAUGCAACAUCAUCAGCAACAGGCAUCUGCUUUAGCCAGGUACAACCUUACUGGUCAGAUCACACCUUUGCUAAAAAAAGACUUGCUAGUCAGUCAGACUAGUGCUGCCUCAGCUGUGGUCAGUGCUGUAUCACCAGUCAUUAACCCUGACCUGUAUGGCACUGGUCCUGUUGAGCUGAAAGGGAAGCCCAGUCCUCCUGGUUUGAUAUCAGGAGGCAAAUCCCCACAUAGCAUGGUGGUACAGAUGGAUGGAGGGCCUGAGCAGGCCAGGGCAGUGACUCAGCUAGUGACGGUAGAAGAAGGACAGGAUGCUAUGGAUCUGACAGGAGGCCAAAUUAAACCUGACAACCAGCCAGCUUGCUGUGACGUUGUUUACCGACUUCCAUUUGGUGGAAGCUGUGUUGGUGGUGAGAAAGAAGGCAUUAGGCCUCCAUCUGCCCCACCUCUCUCCUAUGAGUCUGACCAAGAAAGACAAUCUGGAGGGUACCAAGAGUAUCCAAUGGAUGAACGUAAGGCCUACACAUUACCUUUCCCUGGAAGGCUCCAGCCUUCGAUGUCUGAUACAAACCUAGCUGAAGCUGGGCUUCAGUCUUACCAUUCUAAACUAGAACCACAUCUGCAAGCAUCAAGAGACCUUGCCAUGGAUCUAACUGCUAUGAAACAGGGUUAUGGAGGGUUUAUGGGGAUGCAGUAUGGCUCCUAUACAGAUUUACGACAUGGCGGAGACAUCGCAGCCCAAACACUGCCUAUAAGGAGAUAUAAUUCCUUGUCUAACAUCAGUUCAGACUAUGGAUACUCUGCUCGUGACAUUGCUAACUUCCAAGAAGCUAACUUGGCUCAGUAUAGUGCUACAACUGCCAGGGAGAUAAGCCGGAUGUGUGCAGCACUCAAUUCCAUGGAUCGAUAUGGAAGCAACCCAGAUUUAAUGCAGUUUGGUAGUCUGGGGAGAGGAACUGGGCCUGGGGCCUCCAGACUUGCAGGUCUUGGCAUGAGACAAAACCUCCUCUUUGGACUAGAUGGGAAGCCAAUCUCCCAUAGUCAAGCGCUGACCAACCUUAUCAAUGCCAGGCAGGCAAGUCUCAGAGCCAUGUACCCUGCUGCUAUAAGGUCCUCUGAUGGGAUGAUCUACUCCACCAUUCAGACCCCUAUUGCGUCUACACUUCCAAUUACAACUCAGCCUGCCUCUGUUCUUCGCCCACUACUGAGGGGCGUCUACAGGCCAUACCCCUCUGCCAACAUGACACCUGUACCCCUAUCCAGUCUUAGCAGACUACCAAUGACUCCCAGAGGACCCUUAACUGGACAAGGUCAAGUCCGUUACCCAGCACCAGGUCUUCUCCAGACAACCUCAGCCACUGCCACCACUGUUGGUGCUCCAACAACUUCAGCACUACUAGGUGCCCCAGUCUCUGUUUCCAUGACAGCUGCUAGUUCUACAGCCCAAGAUGAACCAGUUUAUCUCGGUAAAGGUGCAGCCGAGGUCACCUCUGUACAGGGAACAGUUGUCAUCCCAACAGAACCACAGCAGCAGCCAAUAAACCUGUCCCAGGCCCACCUGAACAGUCAACAACAGCAACAACAACAACAACAACAACAACAGCAACAAGUGACAAGUGCUCAACAGCCUCCUCCAGCGGCCCAUGCCUACCCACCCUCCGCUCCUUCACACACUCACGGCUACACCCAACCUCCAGUAGGUCCCUCUGCCCCCUCUAGUGGCUUACCCAUUCCAGGGGGCCUUCCUCCCUUCCCUCCACCAGGUGCCAUACACAAGGAGGGUGAAACCGAGGCAGAGAGGCUGCAUCGGCAGCAGGAGCAGCUUUUGCAGAUGGAGAGGGAGCGCGUGGAGCUAGAGAAACUCCGGCAACUGCGUCUGCAGGAAGAGCUGGAGCGAGAAAGGAUGGAACUGAAGCUGCACAGGGAGAAGGAGCAGAUUCUGGUGCAGAGAGAGUUACAUGAGCUGCAGAACAUCAAGGAACAGGUUCUACAGCAACAGCAACACGAACGUGAGAAACAACUUGUUCUCCAGAGGGAGCAGUUGGCGCAGCAGAAGUCCCAGCUAGACCAGAUCCAGUCUUUACAGCAACAGCUCCAGCAGCAGCUCGAAGAGCAGAAGAGACAGAAAACAGCUGCAGCUCAAGGCAUACAGCUGGAUGCGAAUGGACAGCCCCUGCCCUACGACUCCCAGAUGGGCUCCCGUUCUCUCCCCAACUCCUCAUCUGAGAUGUGUCUGAGGAGCCAGCAGGAGCACAUGGAGACCAGGACCAACAUGAGGAAACACAGCUCCAUGACCAGGCUGAGCAGGGACAGCUUGGACGGAGACAGUGUGGUGUUUUACGGCUCCCCUCGCAGGAUCGUGGACAGCUGUGUGCAGACGGACGAUGAAGACGGAGAGGAGAGGUACAUGAUGCGUCAUCGCACCAGGAGGCGUGGUCGUAGUGUUGACUGCUCUGUCCAGACAGAUGACGACGAGGACAAGGCAGAGACGGGGCAGCCGGUACGCAGAAGACGUUCCCGUUUCUCCCGUCACACUGAGUCAAGUGCUGCUGGUAACAGCAGUGCCCCCACAUCCACAACAGCCACUGACAUCAAGACCGAAUCUUCCAAGAUGGUAUCCUCCAGUAUUGCCAUCCAGACCAUCAGAGAAAUGUCUUGCCAGACAGAAGUGGAGCAUCUCGGAAGAGUCUCCCCGGCAAUCCAUGUGACAGUGCCAGACCCGAAUAAAGUAGAGAUUGUGCACUACAUCUCCGGACCUGAGCGCACCCAGAAAGGUCAGUCUCUGGCAUGCCAGACUGACCCGGAAGCCCAGUCACAGGGUGUUGUAGCUCCCCAGCUCAGUGUGCCAACCACGGUCAGUCCGUAUUCUUCCUCCGCCAGCACCGGGACACAACAACCCAGUUCUGCCGACCUCCUGGCCCAGCAGCGGCAACAGCAGCACAUCGCAGCAAACGCAGCCAAGUUUGAGCGACGCCGCCCCGACCCGCUCGACAUCAACUACCAGCCUCACAACCACCUCCACAACGAGUCCAUCUCCAGCAUCAUCCGGCAGCAGCAGACUCCCAAAUCCCCACAAGUCCUCUACUCUCCCGUCUCCCCGGUGUCCCCUCACCGCCUGCUGGAGACUUCUCUGUCCAGUGAGAGGCUGAACAAAGCCCACGUCACACCUCAGCAGAAGUCCUACACAGCCGAGUCUCCCCAAAGACACCCCUCUGUUCCCCGACCAAUUAAGAGCACCCAGAGGUCCAUGUCAGACCCCAAGCCUCUCAGCCCGACCACGGAUGAGCACACCAAGGCCAGGCUGUCCCUCUACCAACAACAAGCUCUCCAGAGCCAGCUGGCAGCCCUACAGCAGAGCUCACUGCUCCGUAAGGUCAAGCGAACCCUGCCCAGCCCUCCUCCAGACGAGACUACCGCAUCAGCUCACCUGCCCAUGAUGGCACCUGCCCUCCAACAGGUCUACCUGCCCUCCGUGCCCAGUCUCAAGCCCAGCUCCAGGUCUGGCCUGGCUGCCAAAGCCAGCCUCCUCAAGGACCUCACCCACGAGCUGAAGGCCGUGGAGCAAGAGUCGACCAAGUUGAGAAAGCAGCAAGCUGAACUGGAGGAAGAAGAGAAAGAAAUUGAUGCUAAACUACGAUAUCUAGAGCUGGGGAUUCACCAAAGGAAAGAGACAUUGGUCAAGGAGAGGGAGAGGAGGGAUAUUGCCUACCUGAGGUGUAUGGGGGACACUAGGGACUAUAUGUCUGACAGUGAGUUGAAUAACUUACGUUUAGCAGCUGCAGCUGCAUCACAUGAGACCAAUGGGCUACUGUCUACAAGGCCAAGCACUGCUCCUUUGAGUCAGUUUACCAGUGACCUAAACACAGCAGCCCAGUACCCGCCCUCCUCAUCCUUCCUUUCCUGUCAGUACCCCCAGAGCCAACCGGCAGCACCAAUUCAGCAACCAAGUGUGCCGUACCAGUCUUCGACCUUCAACCAGCCUCCCUAUCCAACAGUAUCUCAGUCCCAGGCACUGCCACAGCCCACGCCCCUCCAGAGCCAUGUCCCCCCUCCAGGACCUUCUUACCAGUCUCAGACCUCCUACCCUUCCCAUACCUAUCCCCAAACUCAGCCCCCAUACCCCCAGACAGACAUGGGGAUACCAGCUGCACCUCAGCCUCAGCCCCAGCCAGGGCAUACAGGUUUUGGGCCUGCACCGCCUGGUCAGCCCCCAUACCCCACCCACAGCUCACCCUAUCCCAGCGCUGUGUCCUCCUACCCCAGCCAGACCACUCCAUACCCUGGGCAGCCCCAAGCUGAUAUCUUGACUGUCCACCCAGGAAGACCAAGGCAGACUUCGUUGGCCGAUCUGGAGCACAAGAUGCCCACCAACUACGAGACGAUCAGCAACCCCACAGUCGUGGUCACCACCACGGCCCAGGACGCUACCUAUUCCAGUGCAGCCCCCUCUUAUGGUCAGUACACUGGAUCGACAACCAUGGCCAGCUCCUAUGGGCCGUAUGGCUCAGCACCAGUGUCAAGCAGCUACGGUGGGUACUCUACCAUGCCACCAAGCACUUAUGGCCAGUAUACUUCAACCUCAGCUAAUUCCUAUGGCCAGUACACCACAACCACUGCUAAUACUUAUGGCUACACCACCACCACAGCCAGCACUUAUGGACAGUACACUUCUACAGUUUCCAAUGCCUAUGGGCACGCUGUAGACAGUCCCUCCACGUACAGCACUGCGGAUGGGAUGUACGGGGCUCCUGGCUUAGAGCAGAACAUCCCAAGGAACUACAUGAUGAUCGAUGACGUAAGCGAGCUGACGGCAAAAGACGGGCUGGGCACGACGACAGGGGACAUGAUGCAUCAUGGCGGCAGUGGGCGUUACCCGGGCGACAUCCACGGCCACAGCAGCACCAUUGGCAGCACGACGCGUGGGGGAACUGGCAGCUCCUCGUACGGCAGGGCACCUGAAGAGGAAGCAGCGAUGCAGGAAGAGCUGUACGACCACCACGGCAGGGGUAAGAGCAGCUACAGGCACGGACCUCUAGGGGGCAGCAGCAGCAGCGUGAGCUCUAGCAUGGGUGGGGGAUCCUCCUAUUACUAUGACUACGACUACAAACACGGCAGCACCCGCUCCGGGGUACAGAAACCUUCGGUGUCUUCCAGAAGCCUUCUGGCUCCUGCUGUCAUGUCUUCCAAGCGCAGCAAGCACAGGAAACUGGGGAGCAUGGAGCAAAAAAUAUCCAAGUUCUCCCCGAUUGAAGAGGCUCGGGAUGUGGAGGCAGACCUGGCCUCCUAUUCCUCAGCAGCAGGCGGGGCUUACCCUUCUGCUCAUAUCCGGGGGCGCCAGCUGAUCGAAGACUACGGUUUCAAGAAAAAUUACGAGGGCAUCGGUGGCAGCAGUCAUGGUAGUCGACACUACGGUUCAAUGACGGACGAGGACGAUCGGAUUUACUACACCUCCACCGGCCGCUCCCGUUCCACUGGCUAUGGCAUGGACAAGAUCUCAUCCAGAGACUACUCUGGGUAUCGUAGCCGAUCCUAUGAGAGGGACGACCGCAACUACCCAUCUGGCUACACCCGGGGGCGCCACCCAACCCGGCAGUACUCUGAAGAGGAGAGCCCACUCAGUCCCCUGAGGAGGUUCAUGGGUUCUGGGCGAUCAUCGAGCUUAGGUCCCGACCCGUAUGACAGUCGCAGCAGUAGAUAUCAUUACUAUUAUGGCCAAUAUGGUUCCAGCCACUCGCUGCCAGAUGUACAAGACCACAUACGGGACCUUCCCCGGACGCAUGUCUACAAAUCGGAUGAUACAUACAUUAUAGACGAUUAUCAUUGCGCUGUGUCAGACAGUGAAGCCUACCAUCUGGGCCAAGAAGAGACAGACUGGUUUGAGAAGCCACGCUCCAGUUCUCGACACUACGGCAGCAGCCACUCAUCUGGGAGGAGCCGGCACGGUGUCAAACACACCUACCAUGAUUACGAUGAGCCUCCUGAGGAGGACCUGUGGCCCCAGGAUGAGUACGGUCACGGAGGACGACACUCUUCAUCCCGUGAUCACCGGCACCACGGCAGCUCUAGCCGACACUCAUCCGGGACACGUCAUUCAGAUGAACCCAGGUCCUCAAGGUCAACCAAGGGGCAUCCCAAAGACCCGUCAAUGCGCCAAGAUCCUUCACGAUCCUCAUCUACAGGAAGGCGUGGUGAGUCAAGGUCUGGGUACCACUCUUCAGACUACUCCCGAGAUCCAUCUGGGCACCAUCAUGGACAGCGCUCCUCCAGACAGGGGGACCCGCACCGUUCCUCACGCAGCAAAUCCCAGCCCCCAGGGGACAUGCAGGGCCAACCAGGCUCCUCCAGGUCUGGCAGCAGCUCCACCCGGGGUCAGGGCCCCGCUGGUGGGCCAAUGGGAUCAGGGCGACAGGGUGGUCCAGGUUCCCAGACAGAUGGAACUCAAGGACAGAGGACCCAGCUCCAACAACAAGCUCAAACGUCAGCGGCCAGGCCAGGGCAGCCCGGUGCUGCAGUGACCCCCGGCCCGCAGCAGCAGCCCGCAGCCCAGGGACAAGGCAUGGGCAUGGGCAUGGGAAUGGGCAUGGGCAUGGGGCCGGGCCAGGCCAAGCCAGGGCAGAUGGGACCGGCAGGUGGACCCAUGGGGCAGGCCAGGCAGACAGGUCCCGCAGGAACCACGCCAGUCCCCAUGGCCAAGAUCGACACACCUCCAGUGACAGCGAUUGGAGCAAAGGCGGCGCCUGUUAUGGCCAACAAAGCCGCCCAGCCCCCACUCACAGGCAUAGGCUCCAAGGCAGCUCCUAGGCCAGGAGGUAUUGGCAGUGCAGCAGCAGGUCAGCCGGGCAUGGAGGGAGACAGCAUGUUGUCCAAGAUCCUCCCUGGAUCUGCCGCUGAGCAGGCCGGCAAACUGGGAGAAGCUAUCACCGGUUUUGGCAAGAAGUUCACCUCUUUCUUCUGAGGUGCUUAGAUUAAGGACUAUGUAAAUGUCAAAAGACGAAGUCACGAGGCCCUGUACCAGAAAAACCUGUGAAGUCCGCCCUCCUUUUGUUUUACUAAAGGAGAGAGAGGAAGGAGAGAGGGAGAGAGGGGAGCAGAGAGGAGAGCUGAGCAUACUGCCAACCAGGACUGGAACCCUCUGGAUACUUCAUGUCUCAGGCCUGAGCACACACUGGCAGAGAGAACAAGCUGCUCUCUCUGGCAGGACAGACAAUCAUGCCAAGCCAACAUCAAUCUUUAGAAGGACUAUGCUCCAUCCAUCGUCCCCAGCCAAAGAAUUAGUCUCCACCUAACUCCUGUGGAGCCAUAUAACCAACCUGUAGCAGUUAGACGCAUCUUGAUUACAAAAAGAGCAACUGGCAGCCAAAAAGCAACAGCGAAGUUUAAAAGUUUUUGCUGCUCUUCCUCCAUGCCAGUAGAGGGAGCUCUGCUUUCAUCACUGGAGAUCUACGCAGCCAUCGAAGACGAGUAGAACCUUUGGAAGCCAUGUACCGCCUCAGCCCUCCACAUGGAUUCAACACUACAGCUUCAACAGAAGGAACUGGUGCAAUUCUACUCCAAUAUGCUGAUGACUGCACCAUCUAUAUGAGAGCUGCUUUUUCCCACUGACAGGAAAUGGUAGCUUUUUUCCACAGGCAUGGUGGCAUGCUACGAUCCUUGGAUUCAUAGUCCUGUGCUCAAACUAGGAAAAACAAACCAUCCUCUCUCCUCUUUUCUGUUUCUCCUUAAAGUAAAAAAAAAAAAAAGAAGAAGAGUGGAAUAACUAAUAACUGCUGGGAUACUGCAGGUUUUUCUGGUACUAAAGACCUCUUGUUACAUCACCUAUUGGGAAGGAAAUUAAUGGAAAUGUCACUUUGAAUGAAUAAGACAAGUGCUAACGCUGUAGCCGACACACAGAGAACCAGUGUGUUGGUUUCUUUCCACGGUUUGUUUCUAUCUACAUUCCAGAUUGGAACUGAUAAAACCUUUUGCCCCCUCUUCCUCACCUCUCUGCGUUUCUUGAAUGCUGAUUCUUCUUUAUUUCGAAUCCCCACCCAACGAUCCUCAACUUGCCAUGUCUUUAAAGAAGUGUAUAGUGGAUUAAAAAAAAUGUAGGAAUUUGGAAUGCAUGGAACUUUAUAUCCAAGACCUUACACUGUUCAUCAUUACUUAAAAGAGGCCAUAAAGACACUGGGAAACACAUCUUAGCUAGACGACGUAAACAAUAACAAAAGAAGAGAGAUUUCCGGAGCAACACACAGGAAUUGGGCCACGGGAAUAAGAGGAACCUUUUGUUUUUUUUAAGGAAAAAAAAAUGGAUUUGGAGUGAAGACGUUGGUGGUCGGGUUGUUUUUCAGCCAUUACAAAGCCAUUAAGACAACAUUUACCUGCAGUGCUUGUGGUGAUGGGGUUUCUCCAACUGCUCCACAACAUUUGGCUCUCAGAUAUUUCUCAUGUUGUUGUCGGUGGUUACAAUUUCUUGUGUUCUCUUUUGAUUUUUUUCCAAUUUAGUUUUGUUAUUUGCCUGGUUUUUAUGUUGCAGGUUACCAAUAUCGCCUUAAUCAUUCUUAAAUAUUUUAUUUUGAAGUAAAACUGGCAUUUUUUUAGUACACCCUGUAAACACAUAUUUUCAUCGCACCUUUUUUUAUGUAGUGAUAUUAGCUGGAACACUGGCCACAGUGAGAUUAAUUUAUAUUUUUUAAAUUAACUUUGUUUUUGAUAAUUGUUUGUGAUAUUAUUUUACUUAAUUUAUGUUUUGUACCUUCAUCAUGCCCCCUGUCAGUUUUCUGACUUUGAUUUAUUAUCAAUACUUAUAAAAGCAAUAGAGUAAGAGGUAAGAGAGUAAAGAGCACAAUCUUGUGUCAUUUUAAACGUUGGUGGAAUAGAAACGUGUUGCCUCCAUCUGUCUUACUUACCACUGAUGUACCGCUCGAGUCUGACUCAAAAGUACCAUGAAACGUACUCUAACAUAGUACUACUGCUGUACUAAUACAUCAGAGAGCAGGAGCUCACCUGUAAACAAGAGUUUGGUACCACCCAGAUCUUCUCCUCCAACCAACAGAGACAUCAUGUCUGCAAUCAGCCAGUCAGUGGAUCGGAGUGAUACGCUGCUUGUAUUAGCCAGCUGGAGUCUGAUCUGAGCGCACUGCAGGGCAGCAGAGAGGCACUGAAAGCAGACCAGUCACACAUCGCGGCAGAACUGGACUAGACUUUGUCACCUGUGGGGGUUUGGGUUUCAAUGUGAUUCUUCUGACCCUCCAAGAUGGAUGUUUAUUGGGAGCCACGCCAAGCUCCUUAUACAUGCAUGUGUCUUCACUUUGUCAAAUGUGCACAGCACACGUGAAAGCACACUCGAAAAAUUGUGUUGAAAAGAAAAAAAGGGGGGAGGGGGGGAUCAGCACUCAUGUGACUGAGGAACCAAAAAAAACACUUGGUUGUGUCACGAAGUCACUCGCCUUUUUUUACUUUUCAUUUUCUAUCGUGGUGGCGUCCAGACCUGUAACCCAACCCCCGAAAACCUCUCUCUCAGACUGUCAGUUGUCAUGGAAACUUCUCAGGUCAGUGUUCUCCCUGCUGUUGCUCCUGCAGUGCAUUGUGGGAUCUGCGGUUCGGUACUCAAAACGUUCUCUGUCGGGCCAAACAUUGCGAGGCCUUCAGCAAAACCAACAAACCAACCAACUUCUGCUGUAUAUUGUCUGUGUGAACGCUCGCUGGGAACCUUCGCAUGCCGCCCGGUGCAGAAAAACCUCAAAGUCACCUCUAUAUUGUUCUGUUCCUAAUGUUUGUAUGUAUGUGUGUGGGGGUCUGUAUGCGUGUAUUUAACGACCAUCAAUCCAAUGUGGAAAAAGAAAAGAAAAACAAACACGAGUUCAACCACAACAAAUAUGGUGGGCAGAAGAGGCGACCUCUCAUCUCCAGUCCUUCUAUGCAAUGAAUCAUAUUUGGAAAAAAACAACAACAGAAACACGAGAAAGAAAAGGGAAGUGAAAAUACACGAAUGGGAAAAGUCACACAAUCAUUGUUUAUCACACCUGGGUCAUUCUAAUAGCAAGACUGAUUUGUUUUGGCAUCCCACAUGAAUCAAAAAUAAUAUGGAGAUUCUGUGAAUUUAUCUGUGUAUAAUAUAGGUCACCAGUGAGUUAAGAAAUGAUAAGAAGGGUCUUUCUAUUAGUUGUGUUAACCUGGCUUCUGGUUCAGGAUCCCCAGUCCUCCCCUACUGGGAGUCUCCACCAAAGGGACUCUCAAAAGAUGCGUUCACAGCUAGGAAAUGGCACUGAAGUUAAGAAGAUGAGUGAGGAUACUACAGUGUUGCUGCCACUCUCAACUGAAAAGCUAAAAAUACUACUCUGCACUCUGAGAAUAAAAAUGCCAAUUUAAAUGAGUCUAAAUGGGCAGUUAUAAGAAGCAUCGGAACAUCUUGUUUUGUUUCGCUUCAUGCAGGGGAAAGAUGUCCAGAGAUUUACGUUCAGUAUAUAGACAAACAUAAAGAUAGACUAUAAAUAUAUAAAUAUAAAUAUUUCAAUAUAUUCCCAAAUGUGGUUUGUUUCCUCUCAGGGGUGAAGAAGAAAAGCUCCUCUUUAUAAUAAUUCUGUAUUUAUUUUUAUUUAUUUAUCUAUUUAUUUUAAUGACAAAGGCCCAAUAUUCCUACUGAUCGGCGACCUGAUUGUGUGCACUUGUUGCUGUUUUUCAGAGAGAGAAGUAUUUAAAGAAUAUUUAGGUGAAAUACAAAGCCAGUUCAAAUACACACACACACAGACACACUAUAUACACACACAUACAUGUUAUAAUAAUAUACAAUUUAUUGAUUAUAUUUAACUAAAGAUACUCGUGAAGUACUAUUACAAAGCAUUCCUAAAUAGAAUUAACUGGUGUGUGUGUGUGUGUGUGUGUGUGUGUGUGUGUGUGUGUGUGUGUGUGUGUGUGUGUGUGUGUGUGAUUAAAGGUGCACUGCCACAACACACUUAAGAUUUAUAAGCUAAAUACAGAAAAAAAGUAAAGUAUGCAAAUUUACCACCUGUAUUUUUGAGUUUCAGCAUGCUGUGAAAAGGCAGUUAUAGACUAUAGAACGUAUUUAUGAAAAUACAGGUUUAAGAAGAGGUGGUUUAUAAAAACAUUGACCCUUAACUCCCAACUCCUUUACAACUCAUACAGUUUAUUUCAAGUCACUGAAACUGUGUAAAAGAAGAUAUUUUUUGUGAAACAUUUAUGAGAUGAUUUAUCUAUGUAAGAAUUUAUUUUUAUCAUACUGAGAGGGGAUGAGAAGCUGGCUGGGAGCAAAGAAAGAAGAGAGAUUUAGGUUUGAAAUCGUGAGAAAUUAUGUUUAUGCAGAUGUUAUCUAUCGCGAGUUUUAUGCACAACCACAAUAAUCCGAAUCUGAAAAAUCUUUUUCAUUGACGUCAUGUUUGUGAGUCUGCGGAUACAGAAAGAUAUGGUUAUUUUAUCACAGAAAAUAUAAUCGGUGGAUGUUAAAAAUGUCAUUUUCUGGUAAAGUGCUGUCAAUUGAUUGAUUGUUUUUCAAAAUGUUUUAAAAUGUACUUCCAUAGGUUUCCCUCGGGCCCACUUUCUGUUCAACAUUACAGCUUUUUAGUCCUCUAUAAAGUUAAAUUAGAGUCAUUCUGGUUCUGUUUGGAUCUGUCCGUGGCCCCGACAAACACUGCCACCAGAUCAGUGACUUCACCACGGAAGCGUAAAAUUAGUGUUAAAGUAGAACAAAUAAUAUGAGAGAGAGUUUAAAGUUACCCAAAUUAAUACCAACUUCCUCUAUUGUAUGUCGUAUGUUUUUGGAAGUUUGUAAAAAAAUAAAAUGUUCAAUAAAAUGUUCCUCAAUCACUUUUGCCUCAGGAAAGCACACACUAAAUGCAGCAUUGCAACUGAGAUGUUCAAUAGACAAUAGAAAAUAUAAUGGGUGCAUUUACGCAGGUACAAUAAAUUAGAUUUUUAACACAUUAUGACACACGAUGUGACCGUGGCUGCUGUUAACUAAAGGGAUUCAGUAAUAUUUUAAAGACUCAGCAAUGGAGACAAAUAACAUCCGUGUCAAAAUGUGUAAAAAAAGAAAAGUUAAAUUUUUUGCUCCUGUGUGAACACAGCCACUAAAGGUGACUUAAAUAUGCAUAGCAGCAAGGGCUUUUAUACUCCAAUACUGGUCACUGAAGAAAGCCAUCCUGUUACUGCCCUCCAGCCAGUCGUGGUCUCUGUCUAUACUCUGCAUGGUGUCUGUCUAUAUCCAGGAGCGCAAGGUCAGACCACAGCAAUCCCAAGUGGGCAAAAUCACCAAGCCGCAGCCUGGUUUUUCAGAGGUGUUUGAAGCACAAAUCUAGACAAUAAUAAAAGACUAAACAUAGAGUUGUGUUCCAAAUCAAGAUGUUAACUAAUUAGAAUUCAGAUCUGCUCGGGAAAAAAGCUUCUUUGAGCCCCAAAAAAACAUGAAAACUAGUUCUCAUGAGUGAAAAAUGUACAUAGGAGCUAAAAUUCACACAAAUAUUCUUUUUUUAAAUUUUGUUUUUGGAGCAAAACUCUUGUGUUUAUAAGUUUGCAAUAGGGUCAAAUUUCCAGACAUGUAGCCAAGAGAGGUUGCUUCCAUCAGAUCUGUGUUAAAAAAAAAACUCUAGUCUCAGCAAUAAGGUUGCAUUGACACACAGUCAGAGAAUCUGAUGUUUGACCCUUU